AUGGCCGCCUCCACCAUGUCUGUCUGCUCCGACGCCCGCACCAACUCCUCCUGGCAGGUGGACGACUGCCCAGAGAGCUGCUGUGAGCCUACCUGCUGUGCCCCCAGCUGCUGCCAGCCCAGCUGCUGCCAGCCCAGCUGCUGUGCCCCAGCCCCCUGCAUUACUCUUGUUUGUACCCCAGUGAGCUGUGGGUCCAGCCCCUGCUGCCAAUCUGCCUGCAGCAGCUGCUGCACACCCUCGUGCUGCCAGCAGUCUAGCUGCCAGCCAGCUUGCUGCACUUCCUCCCCUUGCCAACCGUCCUGCUGUGUGCCCGUCUGCUGCACACCUGUCUGCUGCAAGCCGGUCUGCUGUGUCUCCAUUUGCUCUCCCUGCCAGCCAUCCUGCUGCGUGCCAAGCUGCUGUGAGCCUACCUGCUGUGCCCCCAGCUGCUGCCAGUCCAGCUGUUGUGUGCCCAGCUGCUGCCAGUCCAGCUGCUGCCAGCCCAGCUGCUGUGCCCCCAGCUGCUGCCAGCCCAGCUGCUGCCAGUCCAGCUGCUGCCAGCCCAGCUGCUGCCAGUCCAGCUGCUGCCAACCCAGCUGCUGUGCCCCAGCCUCCUGCCUGACCCUCAUCUGCACCCCAGUGAGCUGUGUGUCCAGCCCCUGCUGCCAAUCUGUCUGCUGCUCACCCUCAUGCUGCCAACAGUCUAGCUGCCAGCCAGCCUGCUGCAAGCCUGUCUGCUGCAAGCCCUGCUCCAGCGUGUCCCUGCUCUGCCGCCCUGUGUGCAGACCUGCCUGCUGUGUGCCCACCUCCUCCUGCUGUGCCUCCUCCUGCCAGCCCAGCUGCUGCAAGCCCUGCUCCAGCAUUUCCCUGCUCUGCCACCCUGCCUGUUCCCGCCAGGCCUGCUGUGGCCUCUCCUCAUGCCAGAAGUCCAGCUGCUGA